GCCAUCCAGCUCUUUACAUCCUUUCGACGCUUUGAGAACUGAAUAGGCGCCUAGCAGUACAUGCUGCGCUAGUGUAGUGAUGUCCGAAGGCGAUUUCUUAGCGACACCGCUGGGAUCGGGCCCUUCCGCCUCUUACUUGCUGGUAGAAGCGGCGAGGCGUGACACAUCGCCUGCAGACGAGUUUCCCGCUACGCCUCGACAGACAAGCCCGGCCAUUGCGAGCCCUGCUCGUACCCCCAUGUCACCAGCUCCCGUCGCCGCGACGGUACCUUCCACGGCAACCCCGUCCAUAUUGCAGUCUUCUGCUGUGUUCGAGACUCGGAGCCAGUCCGAGACGCAACGUGAACCUCGCGGUGGCACUCACUCGACUGUCGUGACAACGGCACCCACUACAGCCAUCACUUCUGCGCCGCCGAGAAACGAGGAAGCCAGUCCCGCUCGGAGCGCAGCUUCGCUCAAUACUCCCCCACCUCAGAAGCACGAAGCGAUACGCAGCGCAGAACCAUGCGAACCUUCUCAAGCUUCUCACAAGAGCUACAGUGCACGCUCGUCGUCCAGCAGAACAGACAAGGAGGCAGCUGAUCGAGAGCUUGCGCUGCGACUCCAGAACGAAGCUGCUGCCUUGAGCAGGCCUAGACGCGCCGCAUCGAGCAAGGCGGUGGACUACGCACCUCACAGCGAUAAGCAUGGCAAUCCCAUCAAAAAGGUCAAAGGCAAGUCGAAUUCGACCAGCAGCAAUAUCAGAAACGGUGACACACGACAGCGCUCGCACGAGGAAAGGAAGAAGAGUGUGGAUGCUGAAUUGGGCGCGCCGAAAAAUCGACCCCAAAGACCAGCGAAGAGAGUCAUAACAUUGGAGGACAGCGACAGCGAAGAGGAGGAGCUCGAGCUCAGCUCGAGCCCGAAGAGAGCUGCUGUGGAUGCUGAAUCAGCCAGCAGAAUAGAAAAGGACAAGCGGCCGACUGUGGAAAUUGUCCCACCUCCACGAAGCGAGAGUGGUAGGUCACCUUCUCGUCCGCAUACAUUAAGUCGUGAUGGCGGGGCGAGCGACGCUCAUCAUGUGCGGAGCAGAGAAGACUCGAGAGACACCUGCAGUCCCACCAAUGGCAGGCAGAACACUAAGCGCCGGCGAUUGGCAGUCGAGUCGCAAGAGAGUGAAGAGGAAGAGCUGCCCAACAGCAGACCUGCUCGCCUGGUGUCAUCCACGAAGGAUGAGACCUCCGCAGGCGAGUCUGAUGCGAGGACAGAUUCAAAUAAAGGUUCAGGCGCCGCAGAGCGGGCUGCCCAAAACGAUGUUCAGAUGCACACUGAUCAGGAAGUGGAACUCGAUCAGGCGGAUCAAGCUGCGUCUUCGUUGCCCAAGGGCAGAGGGUUGCGGCGCAAAAGCAAAAAGAAUCGGAAUGGUUGGCAAGAGAGCAUGUCGGAGAGGAGCAGAAGCACAAACACGUCGCCAACGAAGUCUGACGUGUCAGCUCGCAACACGCGACAAAGGGGCGAAGAGCGCCAUGGCGCGGGAGACGGCAAAGAUGCCCAGGAUGCAGCUGCUGACAAGACCGAACAGGCUCCAGCAAAGUCUGGUCAUGCUCUAGAACAGGGCGGCCCCGCUGAUGCCGACGGUUACGAGGUAGAAGAUGGGGAUCCGCUGUCAAGCCCCGUCGUAUCUCAGCGUGUUGAGCCAAAGACGAAAGGGUUAAAGAAACGGCAGGAUCCUAAACCGAAGCAAAAGAAAGCAGGCAAGGAGAGCGCAAAGCAAAGCAAGGAUGAAGCGGAAAGCAAUCAUCUUCGCUCUGCCACGAGCAAAGCUUCUAAUUCUGUUAGCGCAGAUCAGGCAGCAGAAGUGCGGCAGGGGUCCGCUGAAAAUCGCAAAGACGACGACGGACCCAAUCGCAAAUUUCAAGAGCCAGAAGUCAGGAAUGACGCUUCAGCACCUGCACGCAAAGAGCUUCCGGUUUCAAAAAUCGAUCUUCCCGGCAAGGGAAGUCCGCUGACGCCAGCAAACCGGAAUGCAAAGGUCUCGGUAGGUACACCGACACCAGGCAGCGCUGAUCUGCGAAGAUCCUUCAGCGGCAAGCCGCUGAGCUCGCUCGUGAGCUCUUCAGGCGGACAUCGGCGACCGGGUCUAGGGAGACGUUCUCACGUACCCUCACUGCACCCGAAUCGCAUCGAAUCACCAAAGAUUCGAGCGCCUAUCCCGAUCAAGCCUACCAAGGCGCAGCUGGAAAGAGAAUUGGACUCGGACGAAGAGAGAGCUUUGGCCAAUGAGACGCCCGAGCAACGUAUGCGCAGAAAGAUCAGGGAGGCAGAGGAGGAUUACAUGGAGCCACCUGCUGGAUGGACUGAAGGAGCGGCGACUUCUGGCGGACCGGUCGGCGGCCCUCGUGAUGACCAAGCUGUCGAGUACUCGGCCGAUAUGGACGAGUACGAUUGAUUCUGUAGCGCAAUAGAAGGCGCAACAAGACGCCGUCGCUCGACCCAGCCUCCGCUUGCACCCGGCUGUACACAUAGAGGCGCCACCGCGAUGCCCACGACGGCGAUU